AUGAUCUACACCAAUGUCACAGGGAUGAGAAGUUUCUUCAUCCUUGGAUUCCCUGGACUUUCACCACAGUAUUAUGGACCUGUGUCAGCUAUGUUCUUUUUCUUCUACCUAUCUAUUGCAGUAGGGAAUAUUUUUAUUUUGGCAUUUGUGAUCUGUCAGAAAUCACUUCAAAAACCAACAUACCUGGUCUUUUGUCACCUGGCACUGAAUGACUUAACAUUUGGCACUGUGACUCUCCCGAAGAUCAUAUCAAAAUAUUGGUUUGGUGAUGGCAUCAUUUCAUUUUAUUGGUGCUUUACACAGAUGUUCUUUGUUCAUUAUUUAGGAUCAGUGACUUCUUUCAUCUUGUUGGUAAUGACUGUAGAUCGAUUUAUUGCAAUAUGUAUUCCAUUGCGUUAUCCUGUCCUAAUCACAAACAACACCAUGUCUGUGCUGUGUGGGUUUGCUUGGUUCAUACCACUGCCUUUAAUGGUAGCUGUUGUACUCCAUGCCCUCACUUUACCUUACUGUAAAUCAAAUGUCAUUGCUCAGUGCUACUGUGACCACUUUUCUAUAACAAGUCAGGCAUGUGGUGAGGAUGUUAAAAUUUUGCAGGUCACUGCCCUCUGUGUGGCCAUGUUUUGUCUUUUGCUUCCUCUUGCAUUCAUCUUGUUUUCUUAUGUUUCCAUUAUUGUGGUGAUUUUGAAAAUGUCCAGUGUUGUAGGGCGCAAAAAAUUUUUAUCAACUUGUACCCCACAAAUAUUUAUCACAUGUCUUUUUUACCUUCCCAGAUGUUUUGUUUAUGUAGCUAAUACUGUUGGAUUUUCUUUCAGUUUAGAUGUUCGGAUUUUAUUGAUAUUGUUUUACAGUCUUUUUCCUGCUGCUGUUAAUCCUGUCAUAUAUUGUUUCAAGACUCAAGACAUGAAGCAAACAUUGAUAAAGAGGCUGAAAAAAACUAAAAUUGGAAUAGAGAUAAAACUUUCUUAUUUCUCUAAAGCUGUCAUAUGA